UCCCCUAUCCUCUCAACCUCCAUUUGUAACCGUAACUAGCCGUUAACUAGAUAUUAUGCCCAUGGAUAAUGCCCUAUCCCGAUUAGGGUUUCUAAAACCUAGGUUCUCCGACCUCACCAAACACCACCAAUCCCUUCUCCUCCUCCGAGGGUUUUCGCUGCACGGCUCCCAUGGCGUUGCUCGGAGAUCUCUCUGCGUCUCGGUUUUCCGAAGUUCUCUCCAAGGCAACGAAAAUGUUGGAGAGGAUGUGAUGCGAAUGUUCUUCAAGGAGAGACAACUGAGUGGGGAUCUCAUUUCGAAAGCUUCUGACAUGCUAUGGGGAAGGAAAGACUUAAAACUUGAUGAAUUAGAAGCUAGCAUUGUGGAGGAGGACUGUCAGCAAUCUAAUGACGCAAUGGAAAGUGAAGCCGACAGCGGAUUUUUGAAGCUUACGACAACUAGAGACUGGAUAGCUGGUGACAGCAGCGCUCCGCUGAACAGGAAAUUAGCAGCUGAGAAUAGGCAGCAUGAUAGCGAAAAAAGGAAGAAACUCAACCUUCUGAAAUAUGAAGCGCUUAAGAGUGAACUCCUGCUAUUGACCACCGGAAUAGGAGCUGCUUGCAGUCUGUAUUGUUUGCUGAACUUUUCUUUCGAGGCUGCUGUAAGUUAUGCUUCUGGAGUUCUUUUCAGUUGCUUGUACCUUCAGCUUCUUUAUUAUCACACAGACAACCUGUCGAAAGAGGCUAUUCCUACUAUUUUUCUGCAGAAGAAAUCAAAGAAUAAAAUUGGAAUAAGAAGUGAGGAUUUGAAGAAUGUUGUGGAGAAAACAUUGAGCGGGACCACAAUUGCUCUCUCAUCCCCCAGGCUUGUAAUUCCUGCAUCAAUUUAUGGCUUGUGGGCCUUGUCACGUCAUUUCAAUAAUGAUUUUUUUGAUUUCCAGAUUGUUCCAGGAAUGAUGGGCUUUUUUGCAUAUAAGGCGGCAGCUUUGGUGCAAGUUUACAGAGACAACGAGAACCUGCACAUGAUAUUUCCAGAAAAUGAGGGCACUGAAAACACUUAAAAGGUGCAGAUGUAGAAAGCUUUCCAAAGUCACCAACCCCUUUCAAAAAGUCUUGUAUGUCUUGUAGAAACAUCUUUGAUGAAAAAAGCCAUUGCAGAUUCUUUGCUGUUCGGAGAGCAAUACAGCGCUAACUACUCUGUAAAACUGAUAAAUUUUCCUUGUUUUUAAUAAAAAUUGCCGUACUCCAUAGAUACAA